CCUGUUUGGGGGGUUUGCGGUGUGAGAAUCCAACGUGGCAGGAGUCUUCUGAAGAGUGGAACAUCUACUCAUGUUUCUCACUUCACUGCACUUUAUUUAACACCAAAUCCGUGGUGAGGUGAUGACCGGAUAUCUGCGCAGCUCCUGCUCCGGUCCAGCGCGUGCCCUGUGCUUUUUGUACGCAUGCUGGCUUUAAUUCUGUCCGGUGUUUCGGGAGAGGAACUACAAGUUGAAGAUUUAUCAGGCGUUGAGAGAUUACCCUCACACACACACCGGAGACUUCUGAAUGAAUUCUGCUGCUACCAUCAGGAGCUCCAUCACCAUGAAGAUCUGUGAGUCUGGUUCAGAAGCAGCCGUGCCAGCCCGAGCCAUGACGCUACCUUCAGCACACAUCACAGAGAAGCUUAUGACCUCAGAGAAGCCACCACUGCCAGCAGAUGGAGCUGAGGUGGCACAGGAGGUGGGGCCUGUGGCAGUUCCUGAAGCCCCAUUGGACCGUGUACGUGAUGGGUGGGACAGUAAGGUGGAGUAUUUCCUGGCUCAGGUGGGAUUCAGUGUUGGACUCGGAAACGUGUGGAGGUUCCCCUACCUGUGUCACCAGAACGGAGGAGGAGCGUUCCUCUUGCUCUAUGUUCUGCUGAUGGUGCUGGUUGGUGUCCCGUUGUUUUUCCUGGAGUUAGCAGUGGGUCAGAGCAUCAGACAGGGCAGCAUCGGAGUCUGGAGACACAUCUCACCAAAACUGGUUGGGAUUGGCUACUCCAGUUGUGUGGUGUGUUUCUUUGUGGCUCUGUAUUAUAACGUCAUCAUCGGGUGGAGUAUUUUUUAUUUGUUCAAAUCAUUCCAGAGUCCGUUACCAUGGGAGAACUGUCCUACAGAGGGGAACACCACAGAAUCUGAGUGUGCUGCCAGUUCUCCUACCUCCUACUUCUGGUACCGUAAAGCUCUGGACAUUACAGACUCCAUUGAUGAGACCGGAGAGUUUAAUCUGAUCAUCACCGGCUGUCUCGCUCUUGCCUGGACCAUUGUCUGUCUCGCCAUGUUCAAAGGCAUCAAGUCUUCUGGCAAGGUGAUGUAUUUCUCCUCCGUCUUCCCGUAUGUGGUUCUGCUGUGUUUCUUGAUUCGAGGUCUUACUCUGGACGGAGCAGCAGAGGGACUCAAGUACAUGUUCAGUCCAAAGUUGGAGAUAUGGGGUGAUGUUCAGGUGUGGCGCCAGGCGUUCACUCAGGUGUUCUUCGCUCUGGGUUUGGGGUUCGGCUCCAUCAUAGCGUACUCCUCCUAUAACCAGUGCAAUAAUAACUGUCACCGCGAUGCCUUCACUGUCUCCACAAUCAACUUCCUCACCUCCGUCCUUGCCUCGCUCGUCGUCUUCUCUGUGCUGGGCUUCAGGGCCAAGACCUUCACCAAGACCUGCAUCUCAGAGAAUCUGGAGGUGUUAUCUAAAGCAUUCUCGUCCCAUGAUGCUCUACCUACUCUGCUCAUUAACAUAACGGAGGUGGAAUCUGUUUCUGUGGAGAUGUAUAAACACUGGUACGAAGUUCAGGGCAAUCAGCUGAAUCUCAGUGGACACAUCUUCAGUAACUGCAGCCUGGAGGAUGCCAUGAACAAAGGAGUGGAGGGGACCGGUCUGGCGUUUAUAGCCUUCACGGAGGCAAUGACUCUGUUCCCGGCGAGUCCGUUCUGGUCAGCAUUGUUCUUCCUCAUGCUUCUCAACCUGGGACUGUCCACCAUGUUCGGUACGAUGGAGGGGAUCCUCACGCCACUGUCUGAUACCUUCUCCUCACUGAGGAACCACAAACUCAUCUUCACAGUGUGUAGCUGUGUGUUGGCAUUUGUGAUUGGUCUGCUGUUCACUCAGCGCUGUGGGAAUUACUUUGUGGUAAUGUUCGAUGAUUACUCUGCCACACUGCCACUCAUCAUUGUUGUCGUUUUCCAAACCUUCAGUGUGGCCUGGGUGUAUGGAGCAGACAGGUUCCUGCAGGAUAUCCGUCGGAUGCUGGGCCGGCCGGUGUGUGUGAUAUACAAGUUCCUGUGGAAGUAUGUGUGUCUGUUGGCCAUGCUGACUCUGCUAGCCGCCAGUUUACUGAACAUGUGUUUCAAACGACCACAAUACACUGCCUGGAACCGGCAGACGGCCUCGGAGAUACAGUUGCCGUAUCCUGACUGGGCGUUAGCCGUGCUCUCAUCGCUCAUCGUCCUUGCUGUGCUUCCUGUUCCUCUGGGUUACGCCCACUCCAUCUUACGCCAGCGUCUCAGCCAGUCCGCUCUCGACACCGCGGCGGGAUACGCCCCCUGCAGCACCACCGACAUGGACUCCGCUCCUCAAAGCACACCGCUGAACAUGGACGUGAAUCCUGCCUCCCCAUUGGCUGAGGAGGGCUAUACACUCCUCCCACAGACAGGGGAGGAGGAAGGGGAGGAGUCUACAAGAGUAUGAGCUUGGAGAGAAGUUAAUGAGCAAAAAAAAAAAAAAAAACUUGUGUACACACAUACACACACACCUGCUGCUUUAAACACUGACCAAAAGUUUCGCUGUGCUAUGGAGUGCACUUCACACCUCACACACACACACCUCACACACACACCUCACACACACACCUCACACACACACACACACACACACACACGAUGUUGGGAAUCAUUUUUUUUUAUUAACCAGUCCCAGUCACCUGGGACUAAAGCACCUGGGAAGAACUUUGCAUUAGAGGUGAACUACCCAAAAUGCACUGUGAAUAAAAUCUAUUAGCUUAUAUUAACAUUCUGUAAUCUAGUAUGCUAAUUAGCUAACAUGCUAGCCUUACCAGGGCUUCAUCUUUAAAAAUCAAAGCCAUUUUCUUCCCUGGGGGAAAAUUGUUUCAGGGAAAUCGUCCACGCUGGGGCAGUGUGAUGGGGCGAGCAGUGCCAUGGGGCAGUGCGAUGGGGGCUGUGUGAUGGGGCCAAACCACCCUGCGGUCUGUUGAGGACUUUAUACCUGAAUUUUUUAUUUUUUUUUUUUAAAUGUAUAGCAUGUGCCUUUCUUCACACUCUUGCUGCGUCUCUUCUGAAAAUCUGGAAGUUUUAGAAGCAGCGUCCAGCACAUUGGAGAAGGACACGCAUGUGUACGGAGCUUUUCAAAACAUUAGAGUAUCAAAAGGAAACAUUAAUUUUUCCCACAGUUUAAUUCAAACUUUGAAACUAAGUUGUCCUAAUUUGUCACGUACAUUACUGCACAGUAAAAUUCUUUCUUCACGUAUCCCAUCCUUGGGUCAGAUUUUGGGGUCAGAGCGCAGGGUCAGCCAUGAUACAGCGCCCCUGGAACAGGGUGGGUUGGGGGCCUUUUCUUCAAGGGCCCAGUAGUGGCAGCCUUGCAGUGCUGGGGCUUGAACUCCAAUCUUCCGGUCAACGACCCAGAGCCUUAACCCACUUGAGCCACCAUCGUCCCAUUUCAUAUAUUUUAAAUUUAUUUCAAAUGAACUGAAAUAUUUUGAGGUUUUUUUUUUUUUUAUUGAGAUAAUUAUGGCUCACACUCAUCCAUCAAAAAUCCAGAAUCUCAAGAUAUUUGAAUAUUACAUAAAAUUACUAAAGAAAUGAUUACUAAUACAGAAAACUCAAACCUGAGUUUGACUGAAACUGAGCUGGCCGGACAGUCGAGCACAGUAAUACUGUCGGUCAGCAAUCCAGUUCCCAGUAGUUUUGGCGCUGUGGGUAGGGGCCAAGUCUUGCUGGAAAAGGACAUCAAAAUCUCCAUAAAGCUGGUCUGCAGAUGGGCGAAAGUGCUGCUCUAAAAUCUCUUGGUAGAUUGCAGGAGUGGCUUGAACCUAGGAAUGUGACACUUGUAGACCAUUUCCUGGACACAUCCUCAGUCCACUCCUUGUGAAGCUCCUCCACGUUCUUCAGUCAGCUUUGCUUGACAAUCUUCUUGAGGCUGCGGUCAUCCCUGUUGUUUGUGCCCCUUUUCCUACCACACUGACCGUCCAGUCCACUUUCCAUGAAUAUGUGUUGAAUCAGUACUCUGAACAGCCACGCCUUUCACCAAUGAUCUGCUGGGGUUAGGGUUAGAGUGUCUUCUGGACAACCGUCCGGUCAGCAGUCUUCUCCAUGGGUGUGGGAGUGUGUACUGAAGCUGACUGGGAGAUUUGGGGGAUUUAUAAUGCAGAAAAAAUUAAAUAUUCAAAUGAGAGAGGCUUUUUCAGUGUUUGAGCUGUCAGCCACAAUUAAAAUAAAAAAACACUUGGAACAUUUUACUUUACAUGGAAUGAGAAGAAUAUAUAUACUUUUUCAUUUUCUAAAGUGUCUGCAAAAAAUAUUGAACUUUUCAGAACAGACCAGGAGAGGAGAUUGUGAGCGUCUGUUCUGCUGUGAAGCUCAUGUCCAGUCACAACCUUUAACACUCUGCUGUAACACUCCUACAGAUUCUACAAAACUAAAAGCGGUCAGUCCAAAUGUAUUCACUUCAGCUGAAAGAUCAUGACCCAGUGCAGCUAGAUAUCUACAGGAACGCUAAAUAUUACAUCUCUCUCACACACAAUAAGAAUUAUUUAAUUACAUAAUUCUCUUUCAAACAUCUCCAAAGCACAAUUUUCUGUGAUGGAGAGAUUAAAGGAUGUAAAGAGAAGAGAACUGAGGUGAGACUGAGGAUGGGGAAGUUCAAUCACAGCUACUGAUUGGUCAGCUGCUCUCACGCUCAUUAUGACAUAAGCCGAGAUUGUGUUCCUGCAGCACAUUCACACUGGUCAGCAUGCGGUCCGUAACAUCAGCGAAACAGAAACAGCAAUAAUAUCAGAGUUACAUUUAUAAAAUGAAACCAUUAAAAGAUGAAAGCAUAAAGCAUAUGUCCAGAACAAUGUGUUCUGAAAUUCCGUACACACACACUGUGUUUAUUGCACUAUUUUAAUAUUCACCUUUCACAUAUAUUUUUUUUGUUUAUUUUUUAAUAUAAAGGCUGUGGGUGUUUUAUAGCUUUUGUAUAUUUUAUAAAGUUUUAGAUUGUAAAUGACAAGCUGUGUGUGUGUGAGACUUGAGCUCAAAGGUUAAAGUUUAUGCUCUUUAUUAUUCAAUCAAUUGUGUUUUAGCUGAUUUCCAACAGGUUUAUAUGUAUUUCACACACACACACACACACACACACUUGUACAUAUGGUACGCCAUUCCUUCCUAAGCUCUUGGAACAAGGUGAAUUAUUUGUUUUUGCUAGACAUAGCUUGGGUGUAUAGCAAAGAACCAGAAAUAAGUGUGUGUGUGUGUUUUAAAUGUUAUCUGAAGUGUGAAUGAUGGUGUGUGUGGUCAUUCUUCUGUCCUUGUCACACAGUGUCAUAAACAAGUAUAUGUUUAAUUCUGUGAUGUAAACAUGAAGCAGCGUUUCAGAGCGCAGGUCAUUAUUGUAAUAUUUUAUUAUUAUUAAAUUUGUUUUAA